GCACCCCACCCGGGAGCUUCAUUUGUUAUAAUCGAAACAUAAGGGGGAAAAGCCCACUUUAGCAACCAUCGAGGUAUGGAUGAUGGACCCAAGCCCCCCUCUUUUGUUCCAUUUGUUACACACAACAUUUUCUUCUUAAUAUAGUAGUAUUUAUUUUCAACAUUGCCAUUCGGCCGGUCACCACCACCCAAGGAACCCUCCUCCCUUUUACAAUACAAAUACCUUCCAUGCCAGACCAUGUAAACCAAAAGACAAAAUGACACAAGAAGGUAAACCCAAGACACCAAAACACAGCCAAGGAGGCACAGGCCGGUCCUGUGGCUUAUGCCUUUUCAUUUUCCUCCUCUUGGCAGGAGCAUCAGCAGUUGCUGUGUGCCUCAUCUACCGUCCCCGCAAGCCUCGUUUCGCUGUAGUAGGUGCAGCUAUCUACCAACUCAACGCCACCUCACAACCCAUCAUUUCCACUUCCAUGCAGUUCACCAUCGUGACAAGAAACCCCAACAGGAGAGUCUCUAUCUUUUACGACAAGUUGCAAGCUUCUGUUUCGUACAGAAACCAGCAGAUUACUCCCGCAACGGACUUGCCACCACUGUACCAAGAGGCAAAGAGCACGGUGGCACUGACCCCUCUGCUGGGUAGCGGGACGGUGCCAGCAUCGGCGGAAGUGGUGAAUGGACUGAUGAUGGAUGAGGCGUACGGAGUGGUGGCGCUGAGGGUGGUGUUGCUGGGUAAGUUGAGAUGGAAAGCUGGUGCUAUAAAGACAGUGAAGUACGGUGUUUAUGUGAAAUGUGAUGUUUGCGUUGACUUGAAGAAGGGUGCGGUAGGGCCGGUGCCAUUGCUUGGAGCUCCUCCUUGUAAAGUAGAUAUAUGAUUUGAAGCAUGUAGAUCAUGUAAAUGGCUUUCAUUUUACAAGCUAAUUAUUCUGGCUUCUCUCUUCUCUUUUUGUUUCAUGAAUUUUCGUGUACCUUUGGUGCUAUGAUUUUUCCAAAGUUCUGUAAACUUCUUUAUGUCUAAUUAGCCCUAAGCAACGUGUUCAGACAAAUUCAUAGAAAGGGGCUUCUUCUUCUUC